GUAUCUCGGAGUCGGCGUCUAUGUUUUCGUUUUGUGUGGAAGUGUGUGAUUGAGCUUUAUUUGUCUCAACGAUUUGUCGAGAAAGUCAUCUUAAGUGAAUGUAUAUUAUAAUUGAGUACAUAUCGAAUUGAACAGAAACAAAACGUAAUAUAAAAAUGAAUAUCGGUAGAAAGGACGGUGGCCCGGGCUAUGUUGGUAUUCAGUUCUGCCAAGAAUGUAACAACAUGCUGUAUCCGCGGGAAGACAAAAACAACAAAGUUCUUAUGUAUGCUUGUAGAAAUUGCGAUUAUAAACAAUUAGCUGACUCAAAUUGCGUAUACGUAAACAAAAUUAUGCACGAAGUAGACGAACUGACGCAUAUAAAUCCUGACGUAGUAAGCGAUCCAACUCUACCCCGAACUAAGGAUCAUAUGUGCCCAAAAUGUAACCACAGAGAAGCCGUUUUCUUCCAAGGACAAACGAGACGUGCUGAAGAAGAAAUGAGGCUCUACUAUGUAUGUACAAGUUGUAAACAUAGGUGGACUGAGUAAAUGCCAACAGAUUGCUUAAGAAAUUAGUGGAGAAUUAUACUUAUCAAUUAAUGUAUAAAGUAUAUGGCAUAUCAGUCCUAAGUCAUGUGCUUUUAGAAUUAAAUAAUAUUGAAAUUUCCAUAUUACACUGUUGCUUAUGUUAAUAUUGGAGUAUAUUUGAAAUAAAGGACACCACAUUGA